ACCAUGGUAAGACAGUGACAAAUUUAACCACGUGAAAACCUCUUUAUGCUGUUGUUGCCUUUGAAGAAUGCCUACCGCCACAGAAAAACAAGUAAAAAAAACUCAACAGGAGUUUGAGGACCCUAUUAAACAAGUCCUGACUGCUGUUGAUAGAAAAGUUAGCAAUUUGGAAAAGAAAAAGGCCAAGCUUGAAGGUUUGAAACAAAAACUCGCUCAUGGUGAUCGUUUGGAGCCUCCACAGAGGGAGGCUAUUGCACGGUAUGACCAAGUGAUUCAUAAUUUAGAAUUUGCUCAGGAACUUCAAAAACAAUUUGAGACCAUUUCGAGUGAGGUGGAAAGGUUACAAAAGAAAAGAUUGAAGAAAGAACGUAUGGAGAAGAGAGUGAUGGAAAUGAGAAGAGUACAGGAAUUGAUAGAACUACAAAGUCUGUUAGAUAGUUUGGGAUCAGAAACUGUUCGUAGUGACCUACAAACAGGGAAACAUGGAGCAGUUGUAUUAACUGAAGAGAAUUUGAAGCAGCUAGAUGAAUUUUACCAGUUGAUAUGUCCGUCAAGAGAAGGAACUGGUAAUUAUAGAGAACAAACAAUGGCAGCUUCAGUACAUCUUGUCAACUUAUUAGACAGCAGUCACAAAGAAAUUGUUGGCUCUACUUACAAACAAAUCAAAGACCUUUUAACAUUGCUCAACAACUGUGGUUAUUUUGAGAAAUCAAGCCCAGCUUCAGAAGAAACACCAGAAAUCGAACAAGAAAAAGUAGUGGAAGAAGAAGAAGAAGAGGAAAGUUCUGUUGCAUCUGUAGAGAAAGAUGAACAGGAAGUUGAACGUGCAGCUUUGCCUUUGGAUUUUACUGAACAUGUCGAAGUUAAGUUGCCUCCCCCUAUAGUAGAAUCUCUACCAGAACCAGCACCAGUCCCAGUCCCUGUUAGUCAAGAUGUAGAUAAUACUUAUGAUAAACAACCCAUUGAUGAACCCAAAGAAAGACCAGUCCAAGAUAUUGUCACACAAGGAAACUUCAAUUUCCUUCAGGAUUCCAUGCUAGAAUUUGAUUCACCACACUCAGACCCAGCUAUUGUGGCUGUACAACUACCUAAUCAACCAAUGUCAUGUCCUAAUACAUCACAAAAUGAUAGUCGUCAACAAUCGGCCUAUUGCAAUCAAGCGUACAAUGAUCAGAGCACAUAUGAUGAUGGAUAUACUGGACAGUCAGAACAGAGUUGGGCCAAUUCAUCAGCUUAUGUAGCAGAUGAAUCGCUGUAUCAGGAUGAAAUGAUGGGAAACCAAGGAUCGAGCUAUCCAUCGGAAUCCAUAGACCAGAAUCAGCGAGGUGAUGAUAAUGAUCAGAAGAAAUUUACCAUGAACGCUAAAGCACCAGUGUUUACAUCAAUGUAUAAUCAAGGAGACAAUUCAAAUAGUCGGAACAACAGUAAUCAAUCAUAUCAAGGAAAUGAUGGUUAUCGUGGUGGUGGUAAUAGAGGAUAUAAUAGAGAUAAUAAUUAUAGAGGUAGAAAUGGACGAGGUGGAACAGAUUCAGCAAAUCAAAACGGAUAUAGUCGAAGUAGAGGGGGGAGAGGUGGUAAUUAUCAAGGCUAUCAGUCACGAAAUGAUUAUAGAUCAGAUGGUUAUCAAGGAUACAGUAAUAACUAUAAUAAGUCAGGAUGUUAUCAAGGUAGAGGUGGAGGUGCAAGAGGAGGAGGAUCAAGAGGUGGUCAACCUAGAGCAGGAAAUACACAUGGAGGGGGACGUGGUGGAUUUGGGCGUCCUCAGAACUAACAUUGAUAGCUAAACAACAUAUUGUGGCAACUGAAUUACAAACAUAUUAUGGCAACUGAAUUACAAUGUGGACAUAGAAAAUUCACUGGUCUCAAAUUUUCCACAUUCAAAAACAAAAAAAAUAUAACUUUUUUAUAUUGACGAGCAAGGCAGUUUAUCAACUAUUUAAUUAAUAUAUAUAUUAUAGCGUGUGAUAUUUUAAUUAUCUGGGACCAGUCACUUUUCUUUCAAAAAAAAUAUAUGUGACCCGUUACAGCUAAAUGAGCUAUAAACAAAACAAGUGAAAACAUUGAUUUUGGUCGAAAUUGAGAUUUUCACAAAAAUGAGUAUAAAUAUACUAUCUAUCAACCUAAAUGAUCAAAAUGGCAAUAAAACAUUUUGAAACACCUUUAUUUGGACGUUCUGUGAGAGACCGUAUUCAUGAAUUUUAAUUUUUUUAUACGCCCACAUUGGAAAUGUGAUCGUAUAUUGCCGUCGUCCCGUACGUCUGUCUGUCCCUACGUCCGUCCGUCUCCACAAUUUCUUGUGAACACUCUACAGACUACAUUUAUCAUCUGAUUGUUUCGAAAUUGAUAUAUGUUAUUAACAUUAGUGAGAUGAAGAAGCCUUUUGAUUUUCAACGAUUUCCAAUAAUUACUGUCAGAGUUAUAGCCCUUGAUCACUUUGAAAUAUCUUGUGGAUGCUCUAGAGGCUAAAGUUAAUAUUCGAUUGACUUUGGAUUUAUACACAGUGUUUAAGGCCGUGAGAUGAAGAAGCCCAAUGAUUUCAGAUAAUUACUGCCAGAGUUAUGGCCCUUGAUCACUUUGAAUAAUCUUGUGGAUGCUCUAGAAACCAAAGUUAUCAUCCGAUUGACUUUAGAUUAAUAAACAGAGUUUAUGGCCCUUGUUUCACUUUGUUGAAUCUUGUGAACGUUUGAACGACAAAAGUUAUCACCUAAUCUGUAUGAAAUUCAUAUGCAUCAUUUAAAUUAGUGAAAUAAAGAAGCCUAUUGAAUGUCAGCAAUUUCUGUCAAUUACGUCUAGAGUUAUGACCCUUGAUUUACUUUGUUGAACUUUGUGAACGUUCGAACGACAAAAGUUAUCAUCAAAUCUGUAUGAAAUUUAUAUGCAUUAUUUGAAUUAGUAAAAAGAAAAAGCCUGUCGAAUUUCAACAAUUUCUGUAGAUUACUUCCAGAAUUACGGCCCUUGUUUUAGUUUUUAGAACCUUGUGAACCCUCAAACAACGAAAAUCAUAAUGUCAUCUGCAUAAAAUUGUCUAUUAAAUUCCCCUAAUUACCUACAAAAGAAUAAAUAUGUGACAACCCUUGUCGACUGCUCGGACGAUUUAGCUGCUGUGGGCGUAUGUUUUGUUGCCUGGCAACUUAUCUUUUUUCUUUGCUUGCCGAAGGACGAUCAGGUAAUCCCCUUGCGUAAUUCUUGGCAUCAUUGUGAAGCGUUACAUCUCUAAUUAAAAAAUAUGACCGAACUACUACCGAUGAUAUCAUUUACAUCGAGUACAAAUGAGUUUAAAAAUGUAAACAAUUAACCUGUUUAAAGUCAGAGCAGGUUGACUCAUUUGCUGAUUGGCCCAGACAUCCCAUGUGGCAUAUCAUAAAUUAAUCAACUAGGUUAAACCCGAAACUUGUCAUUGAAAAAUACUAAUAAAUUAUCAUGGAUUAAUGAGUCGUUGAUUGAUAAUUGUCAGUAAUAUUAUAUGUGAAACCUUUCUCAAGUCAUUAUUUACCCUGAAUAAUUAAUCCAAGCGAUGAUUAUUUGACAUUUCGUUUCAUCUUAAAAAAGAAAAUCAUAAAUUUAUGUUGAUAGUUGAAUUUUGAUUACUGUGGCUUUAUACGACAUAUAAAAUGUACAAGCAUGGCUAAUUGGACAUUAAUGUUUCAAAUUUUAUUAUUAGCAAGGUUCGGAAACAUUAGAACAACGAAAAAGUCAUAAAGCGACGAAUCUCAAGUUAGAAAAUUCCCCGCCGUUGGUUUCACUAUUCCAAAAAUCCCUAAAAUGAACGUAAGCAUCUCUUACACAGGAAAUUGAAAUUUCAAUAAUUCUAUCAGUGAUUCACAUUCUGAUACUCUUACACUUCCUGAAAAUAACAUGUACACACAAAACCUUGAUUUUCAAGAAAUUUAACUUGAUUACUCAAAGGAUUUUAAUCUCACGACAACUAAAGGUUCUAAUUAAUUGAUGAGAUUAACAGAAGUUAUUCUCAUAAAAGUUAUAAUAUACAAAACAUUGAUUACUAAAGUAUGGAGUAUUCUCAUUUGUUGGAGUAUUCUCAUUUGUUGAAUAGCAAAUAAAUUGCCUGGUUGCUAUGUGAUAUUGUUUUGGAACAUACCAACAUCUUUAACUUGCUUUUUCUCAAAACUUACAUUCCUGACUUGGGCAGCUUCAAACAGACACAGCAAAGUCAAUCUUUGCCUGAAUGAAACCAACCACACAUCAUUUUGAAGGUAUUGAAUUAGAGAAUGCGAAAAAAGCAAUAACUUAAUUUUCAAAAUUUCCUCAUUGCGACUCAAUAUGCCAACACGGGUCACAUAUAAAAAAAAGAAACCAAAAAAAUGUGGACAACCUUGACAGGACUUAAUGGAAAUUCUUGGUUUUCAACUGUUUUUGUGCAAUAGAAGAACUACUAUUUCUAUAAUAAGUAUUUUUUUCUAGGAAUUUACAACGUUUUGGAUACAUUAUCAAAUAAUUUGAAUUUUGUUUUCUUAUUGUGACCAAGAAAAUAGUUGUAAAAUUAUGAGUUUCCAUGGAUUAUUGUGGUCACUUGUGGAUGUGUGGUGCAAAUUUCAACGGACAACAACAAAAUAUAACAUUACUUUCAAAAACCUUUCUAUUCAUUCUGGGAGACAAUUUUUUUUUUUUUUUUACUGUGAACUAUAAUGUGAUAGUAAUUACUGGGAAAUGUGAUUAACAAUUUAAUUGUUAAAAUUUGUAGUAAAUUGACCAUUUCUUUUUGUGUUAAAUAGUGCUAUUAGUCGUGUAUAAAACUUUAUUCUGCAUUUAUACUAAAACAAAUAUGUUAUUAAUUUUAACAUAAAAAUUUGAAUUGUACCAUUUUUUUUUCUUUUUCUACUUAAAGUACAUUAAAUUGAUCACAGGAUUUUGAUCAAUUAUUUCAUUUGGUUUUGCUUCAGACAAUAAAAUAGUCAACUUGA